AUUAAACUAACAUGUUGCGUUGUUCUCUCCUCAGUUCUGGAGGGCGGGGAGAAGGGAAGUCUUCCUGUUGUGGCGACGGUCUUCGACAAACUGAACCAGGUGUACAAAGACUACCUGGAGGCGGAGCAGACCUACACUGUGGCCAUGGAGUCCGGUCCGAGUCGAGGCAGCGCAGCACCGAAACGACCAGUCAGAACGCAGGCGGUCAUCGACCAAUCAGACAUGUACACACACGUCCUGUCGUCCUUCACAGAGAGGAAGGAAGUCCAUCAGUUUGCCUUUGUCCUGCAGCAGGUUGACAGCUGGAGGCAACUUCACCUGCAGGUACCACAGCAUUACCUGUAUGAGUUGGUGAUAAAGACGCUGGUGCAGCACAACCUCUUCUACAUGCUGCACCAGUUCCUGCAGUAUCACGUCCUCAGCGACUCCAAACCUCUGGCAUGCUUGCUUCUGUCUCUGGAGAGUACGUAUCCUCCGGCCCACCAGCUGUCACUGGACAUGUUGAAGCGUCUUUCCACGGCCAACGAUGAGAUUGUGGAGGUUCUGCUGUCGAAGCAGCAGGUUCUGGGCGCGCUCCGAUUCAUCCGCAGCGUCGGUGGCCAUGACAACGUGUCAUCCAGGAAGUUUCUGGACGCAGCACGGCAGACCGGAGACCAGAUGUUGUUCUACACCGUGUUCAGGUCGUUCCAGCAGAGAAACCAGCGGCUGAGAGGGAGUCCCAGCUUCAACCCCGGAGAGCACUGUGAGGAGCAUGUGGUUCACUUCAAACAGCUGUUUGGGGAUCAGGCUCUGAUGAAACCCUCCACUGUGUGAAACCUCGAGGACCAAAGCUCACAGACUGUAAAUUUACCCGGUUCAGAGAAGACCCGAUGGGGUGACAAAUCGACAUGGAGAACAGAUCAUCAUGGGUUACAUGCACGCUUGUUUAUCAUUUCUGUUUUCCUGUUCAUGUUUGCACAUAGAAACAUCAUAUCCUGGUUAUACAGUGUCAUCAGAGACCUGGAUCUGAUCCAGUCUGGCUCUGAGGCAUGCAGUGGAUCAUUAGUAAGAAAAACAUACAAUCAAAAGUUAAGUCUGGUUGACUUAUUUAUGUAGAAUACAAGAUUUCUGAAGCUUAUUUUGAGUUGAGAAAUCUGAUUAUGAAGUAUCUGCUAAUAAUAAACACAUAAGUGUACUUGUAAAAAUACAUUUAAUAGUUUCAGUUUUGUAAAAUGGAAAGUAAUUUUUCAUG